GCGCGCGAGAGGCUCCGUUCGGCCGCAGCCGGAGGAAGCGGUUCGUCAGGCGCCAUCCCGCUCGCCCGGCUGCCGCGCUCAGGCGAGUCCCCGGCUUCUCCGCGGCCUACCUCGGGUGUCGGCAUGGCCCGGCCGCUGGUGCCCAGCUCGCAGAAGGCGCUGCUGCUGGAGCUGAAGGGGCUGCAGGAGGAGCCCGUGGAGGGGUUCCGGGUCACGCUGGUGGACGAGGGCGACCUGUACAACUGGGAGGUGGCGAUCUUCGGGCCCCCCAACACCCACUACGAGGGCGGCUACUUCAAGGCUCGUCUCAGGUUUCCUAUUGAUUAUCCCUAUUCGCCCCCCGCCUUUAGGUUCCUGACCAAAAUGUGGCACCCUAACAUCUAUGAGACUGGUGAUGUCUGUAUUUCAAUUCUCCACCCUCCGGUGGAUGACCCGCAGAGCGGGGAGCUGCCUUCCGAGCGAUGGAACCCUACCCAGAAUGUACGGACUAUCCUUCUGAGUGUGAUCUCGCUGCUCAACGAGCCCAACACCUUCUCACCCGCAAAUGUGGAUGCCUCUGUGAUGUACAGGAAGUGGAAGGACACCAAAGGGAAGGAUCGGGAGUACACAGACAUCAUCAGGAAGCAAGUCCUGGGAACCAAGGUGGAUGCUGAACGGGAUGGCGUGAAGGUCCCCACCACGUUGGCAGAGUACUGUGUGAAGACCAAGACUCCAGCCCCGGAUGAAGGCUCAGACCUUUUCUACGACGACUACUACGAGGAUGAUGAGAUGGAGGAGGAGGCAGACAGUUGCUAUGGCGAUGAGGAUGAUUCUGGCAAUGAGGAAUCCUGACGCCCUUCUGGCAAUCACAAAACUUAUCAUAAACUAUUGAAUUUUACCUCAACUAGGACACACAAACUGGCUUGAAUUUAGGAUCUGUCAGCCCUGAAAUUAACUCUCUACCUCACAGGGAGACUGUUCUGCUGUAAAGGAAAAACCACAACUGUCUUUGUAAAAACCCUGUUUUAUAAACUUCCCUGAGGGUGGGGGGGUGAAUACAUGGAGCGUUUACAAAUCCACCUUGAGCUGGGAACCUAGCAAGCCUGGUUACACUAUGGAGACGGUGACAGACAACCUGGCAAAUCAUGUGUGGCACUUGGGGAUGUGUCUUUGUCUUAAAUCCUGCACAGGAGAAAUGGUUUCUGGGAGGUUGCAGCAUUGGUGAAAGGUUAUGUGCAGGAGGUGGAGGGGUUGGGGGGAAUGUGUGUGCUUAUGACUAGUUCACUGCAGUCUAUGAACUGAUCAUAACGGUAACUGGUCCCUCCACAGCACUUUGUUUUUUAAAGUUUCAGCUUUUUCAUCCUGGUGUGGCUCUGCAGAACCAGGCCAGGCCAUCAAAGGGCAGAAUGCUCAAAAGGCUGCCCAGCCAGCAUUCGAGCCAUGGGCCCUAGAGAGUAAGUUAGCUACUUUCUGCCACUGUACAUAAGAGCCUCCCUUUCGCAAUUGCCUGGCUUUGGACAGUGGAGCCUAGCGUGUCGCUGGCAGGGAUGGGGAGGAGUGAAGAGUGUUCCUGGGCAGAACAUCAGGGCUGCACUGACACGCCUGGGGCGGGGGGAGUUUUUAGUUCUUAGCUGGGUGGGGGUGUUAAUUUUCAAUCUUUUGGCUUCUGUUUUUUGCAAAGUAUUUAAUAAAGUACUUUCAGGGACUAGCCGUGUGGCUUGUGACCACUA